CUGGGCGUGGAGGUGGACCCGAAGGGCGGGCCGAGGAUUCAGGAGGCGGCGAUGAGGCUAUACAGGGAGAAGUCCGACUUCGAGAAGAUUCACCUGCUGCAGGCUUUGCAGGCGGUGGAGGCGGCGCUGAAGAAAUUCUUCUACGCGUACAAGCAGGUGCUGGUGGCGGUGAUGGGGAGCUUGGAGGCGAAGGGGAACGCGGCUGGGGCGGCGGUGGUGGUGGCGAGCUCCGAGUCGUGCGACUCGUUGACUCGGUUGUUCUUGGAGCCGACGUAUUUCCCCAGCUUGGACGCUGCCAAGACUCAUUUCGGCGGCGGCGGAGACCGGCUCACUGGAGAAUGGAAGCAGCAACGGCGGCAGGGGAGAGCGGCGACGGCGGUGGUUUUGGGGAAAGAAGGAGGUGGGAGGUGCCGAGGUGGGAGAUGA